UUAGAAUGCCUUUUCUUAUGUCUCCUGACCAGAAGUUAAACAAUAAUGAUUUGUACUAGGGUUAAAGUACAGGUUAGAACCUGAUGUCCAUUAUUUGCCUUGGAUACAUUAUGACUUUUUUGGAAAGAAAUUGUGAAUAGAGUGGAGGAGAGGAGAUAUGUCCUCAUAUUUGAGGAUCAUGAAACGUGGUAGGUAUAUAUGGGGCUUUGGGAAGUGAACAUAGGCCCGUUCUGCUACCUAUGAGCAAUUCCUCUGGAAAGAAACGUGAGACUGAGUGAGCGUUUGUGUAUGUGUGUGUGUCUGUAUGUGUGUGGCAUGCACGUUUCUGUAUUUCUUUCUCCCUAUUAGGGAGUUAUGCAAAAUUUGUCACAGAUUUUUAUCUUUGUCUUUUCUGUGUGCCCUUCAAAGAGUUCUAAGAAGAUAAAUCUUCCAAGUAUUUUCCACUUAGUAUUGCAGCCAAAGAGUGUUUAAAUAAAUGUCUUUGCUGCACUUGUAUUUAUGCUCAGCUAAUAUGCAACUAUAGGCAAAGUCUUCUGUUGAUAUGGUUGAUCUCUCAAACACAUUCAGUGAUAAAGCUGGAUCACUCCCGCUUUUGGUGCUCUCGCCUUAUCUGGAAGAUCUGCAAACAUUACCGAAAUAGGCUGACAAAUACUUGGAGAAACCCCAGACUUGGCCAUACAGAUAAUGCUGCAUUUUUCUAUCAGAAUCACACAUUAUGUGUGUUCUAUGGAGGUUAUUUUCUGCGUGGAAACUCAACUUCUUGGAUUAGCAGUCCCAGUGAAAAUCCUUACUGUUAGAAUGUAAACCAAAUACAAAGCCGUCUUGUAAAAUAGCCUCUUUCAUUUCAUCCUCAAAAUAUCCUGUAUAGUACAAAACAAAUUUAGGUUCCUCCUGGGCCGAUAGUUCUUUCCUCUCUGCUCCCUUUCCAAUCUUGCGAUUGGGUUUUGCUUAAGAAUGCAAGUAUAAUAACUCCACGUGUUAGGUGGGACCUGGAUUCCCAUCCCAGCAGGAUCAGUUGGUAAUUAUAGCCAUAUAAAUACAAGUUACUACUCUCACCCUUUGCCUUCCUCAGGUAAGUUAUAUAUAUCAGCCUUUUUUUUUUUUUUUUUUAAUUGGCUUCGGCUGGUAUCUAAGUGCAAGACGGAAUUAAUAAGUGAAGACAUACUAAAUGUAUUCAUAGGGGACUAAGGAAAACAGGUGGCCUUCGACAGGCUGAGGAAAUGUCAUUUCCUGGGUUUCCCCUCCCUUUUGUCUUCAGUCUGGUGCCAGAUAGUGGAAUGGAAAGGAGACAAUUUAUUUUUUUAUUCUAUGUGCACACAUACAGUAUACAUAUAUAUUUAUAUCACAAUUUACAAAACCAAAAAGUUGAGUUUCCAAUGGAAUCCUUGUUUUUUAAUAAUUGACUGUUUUUAAAUGUGAUCAGGACUAUAAUAUUGUACAGUUAUUAUAGGGCCUUGGGGGAAGGGGAGGGCAGGGAGAAGAUGCUCUGGGGGUUUUGUUUCUGCUUUUCCUUCAGGGUUUUAUUUUUGAUUGUUUUGUUUUUUUUUCUUGUUGGCCAUUUCUGUAUUGCUGGCAUCUGUGCUAAGCCUUACAGUGGCAAAAAUGACAACAUGUAGCAAAGAUUUUAAAACAAAAUAUUUUUUCCUUUUGUAAAAAUUUCUUGUGUUGUGUGAUAUUGAUUGCGGCUUUUAUUACUCCUUUCUGGUCAGAAAUCAACAGACACCCACAACUAAAGGGAUCCACUGCUUGAGGUUCAAACACACAAGCAUAAAGCACAAUGUGAGUCUUUAAUUUCAGGAAUCAGAAAUCAUACAGCCCUAAUCACUCAGCACCUCUCCUCCUCAUUUGCCCUCCUGAUUCUGACACAUUCUGAGUAAAAUUCAUCACUGACAUUCUGACCACAUUGGGUGGGGGUGGGGUUGUCUAAGCCCUUAGGAGAAAGAGGAAGAGUUAGGACUUGAAAUCAUUAGGGCACACAUCUGGAUGCCUUUCCCAGUAUGUCCUUUGAAUUAAAAAGAGUGAGAAACUUGGAAAUUUAAACUGUUGAAGUCUGGGCCUAGUUUUCACCCAGGACCAUAUGAUUCAUUAGCCACUCUUAAGAUCUUGGGGCACACACAAUAAGCCUGAGUUCUUGAGAACUCAGCUAAAAACCAGCCUGGAAUCCAGCUAAGAAUUGAAUCUGAAUCCCAUGUAUUAAUCCUUCUCUUCCAGUGACCCUCUUUCCCCACAUCUGUUAUGGAAGAAAAUGAAUCUUGGGGGUGUGGUUUAGUAACUGAAUUAGACUCUUAUGAUCUGUCACAUGCCUGGAUUUUGGGGAAGCAUUUGGAGAAACUCAUGUGACUAGACCUAGAUUGGGGAUUUUAAUAAUUGAGACAUGCUCAUCAGACAUCCACCAUCUGAUAGUGUUAGCAAUAGAGUCACAUGUGAGUCCAUCAGUCCAUUGAUUCAAGUGUUUUAAACAAACAGGAGUAGUUUCUGUUGCCUUUUAGAACCAGUUUCAUCUAGACUUUCUGGGCAGAUCCUCCCUCUGCAAAACGGCAUUAGGCUAGAAAAACUAUUCCCCUGCUUAAAGCCAUGACAACUUUUAACCAACAGUAUCAUAAAAUACAAUUUUGGAGCUUAUGUCUUUCCUUAUGUCACUCAUCUCUAGCCUUUUGUGUUUCUUCCAUCAUCCCACAGGUGAGGAUCAGACACAAAUUUGAAAACUGGGGUUUCACUGUUAGGAUUUUAGGGAGGUGGGUCAUUAAUAAGAAAAGGGUAGGGAAAGAUACAUUCCCCCUGAUAUUAUAAUAAAGGAUUUUAAAGAAGGAUGAGGGAAGACUGGGGCUAUAUAGCCCUUUCCCCAGCAAAGGAAAAGGUAAGCCCCAACUACAGUAAUGUGUACUGAUAUCUUUUUUCUGCCUCCAAAGAGUCAUGUGAAACUCAACACCUACCUAGUAACUCUCUGCUCUAGCACACUACACUGCACACAGAAACAUUGUGCAAAUCUGCUCCUUCCUUCCUUCCACCUUAACCCCGCCUUCUCUCAACAUUUCUUUCCCCGCCUCCUUCCCUCAUCCAAAUUUUCCAGCCAACCGCUGGAACUGACUUCCGCAAUCCUAAUGGAAUAAAUCUAGCACUCCUAGUCUUCUGCUCACAUUAGCCUGCUUCCUGUCUGAAAGGAGCCCAGACAAGAUUCCCAGCAGCAGGAUGUGGGGACUCAAGCUUCUGCUGUUACCCAUGGUGAGCUUUGCUCUGUAUCCUGAGGAGAUACUGGACACCCAGUGGGAGCUAUGGAAGAAGACCUACAGGAAGCAGUAUAAUGGCAAGGUGGAUGAAAUCUCUCGGCGUUUAAUUUGGGAAAAAAACCUGAAGUAUAUUUCCAUGCAUAAUCUUAAGGCCUCGCUUGGUGUCUAUACAUAUGAACUGGCCAUGAACCACUUGGGGGAUAUGACCAGUGAAGAAGUGGUUCAGAAGAUGACUGGACUCAAAAUACCCCCAUCUCAUUCUCAAAGUAAUGAUACCCUUUACAUCCCAGACUGGGAAGGCAGAGCCCCAGACUCCAUUGACUAUCGAAAGAAGGGUUAUGUCACUCCUGUAAAAAAUCAGGGUCAGUGUGGUUCCUGUUGGGCUUUUAGCUCUGUGGGUGCCCUGGAGGGUCAACUCAAGAAGAAAACUGGCAAACUCUUAAACCUGAGUCCUCAGAACCUGGUGGAUUGUGUGUCUGAGAAUGAUGGCUGUGGAGGGGGCUAUAUGACCAAUGCCUUCCAAUACGUGCAGAAGAACCGGGGUAUUGAUUCUGAAGAUGCCUACCCAUAUGUAGGACAGGAUGAAAGUUGCAUGUACAACCCAACAGGCAAGGCAGCUAAAUGCAGAGGGUACAGAGAGAUCCCCGUGGGGAAUGAGAAAGCCCUGAAGAGAGCAGUGGCCCGAGUGGGACCUAUUUCAGUGGCCAUUGAUGCAAGCUUGACCUCCUUCCAAUUUUACAGCAAAGGUGUGUAUUACGAUGAAAGCUGCAAUAGUGAUAAUCUGAACCAUGCAGUUUUGGCAGUGGGAUACGGGAUCCAGAAGGGAAAGAAGCACUGGAUAAUUAAAAACAGCUGGGGAGAGAACUGGGGAAACAAAGGUUAUAUUCUCAUGGCUCGGAAUAAGAACAAUGCCUGUGGAAUUGCCAACCUGGCCAGCUUCCCCAAGAUGUGAUUCAACCAUCCAAUCUCAUCCUGUUCUUUCAUUCCUUCUAUAAUGGUGCAAUAUAAUGAUGUACUUUGGAAGGGAAUAGGUGGACCAUUCUUGAAGCAGAUGUUGUGAUGCUGAGAUUGUCUGUUUAAUUAUUCUAUUCAGUGCUUCAAGUGACAACCCUACUACUUUCUUUCUCUCCACCCAAGGCUGUUUUAUUUGUGGCCACAGAAGGAAUUUCCCUUAGAAGAAUGUAUACUCUUAGACUAAGAGAUGUGACCACAGCCUGCCUUGACUAUGUUGUCUAGAGCUGAUGCUAUGCUAAUAGAGGCUGGUGAUCUUCAGUAGGCUAAGUUCUCAUUCACUGGGACUAGUUAGUUUUAACUAUCAUGGAGACUAAGGUGACCUGACGUCUUAGUUUCCAAGUUCUUUUAUAUCCUUACGGUAGAAAUUUCUGUGUUUUCUACUCCAAUUCACAAGUCUUUGGUACAAGUUUACAUGAUAUAAAAAGUGUGUUUUCUUUUUCUUCCUUGGAUUUUUGGAAUAAAGUAUUUAUCUCUUGCCUACAAUUUAAUAAACAGCAUUUAGAACACA